UAUGACGUGGUGCAUUCGGCUUAAUCUGACUGUAAAUGUAUUAUAUUGGUUAUACAGACAAGUUAUCACGCGUGACUUGCGACGUUAUCAUCGGGAAUUUCCAAUGAUUCUCAAAGUGGGGGCUAGCGUUACCCGCGACUAUGGGAUAUUAUUGUAUCGCGACGUCAAAUGGUGGUUUAAAAAAAAAUACUCCGCAGUAGUGAGACUUAUGUUUUCUUCCUAUGGUCAAAACCCGAGAGUCUUUUUGAUGCAUGCGAGUCUCUCAAUGUGGAAAUAUUUAUACGGAUCAAACUUUGAGAACCGGUGGCUAGGCGGUGCAUCUUGCAACAAUGUAACAGACGGAUAUAAUUUGAGAAACUGAGGUUUCGUGACUAUAAAUAUCGCAACUGACAGUCUCGAUUGCCUAGUAUCCUAUGAACGUCUGGAAACGUAGAACGUUUUCGAACGUUGCAUUGUUAUAAAGUCCGCAUUCUCUUCUAAUUACAAUGUAUUCGAAAGGAAACGACGUGGCGUCAAAACGCCGCCGCAUCUCCAGAAAAACGGCUGCAUCAGCAGUAUCAGACUCAAAAUCACAUCCAAGGGCUUUUUCUUUAAAGAUGGUCCUCUACGUGGCUGACUUCAUGCGCUUCCAAGACUACAAUAGAUUCAUUAUGUCUCUUUAUCCGAAUAAGGACAUGAGCGAUCCCAUUCGGAAUAAAUUGUGGGAGCUCUCUACUUACCGGAUCGAAACCAUGUUCAUCAGAGGGAGGCCACUGAUGAUGGAGUACAACUUCGACCCCACGAGACCAAAAUCCCAUCGCAUACUGAUGAACGUGGAUUCUUUGAUACCUAUUCUUGGCGGGCUCGUGUUUCCGAACAUGAAAAAAUUUGCAGGGAUUUCAGAGAUAACGGAUUUCGUCAAAAUGCACACACAUUUGAAUGAGUGCUCGGGAGGUCGAUUCGCUGCCUGUGCGUGUCACUCGACUAACGAGAACGGCCGAGGUUUGGGAACCUCUGAAAAGCCUCUAACGGAUGCGUGCCCGUAUGGACACUAUCAUCAUUACUGUUCGCAUAUAUAUCGUUGCAAGCUGGUUGAACGUUUUCGAGAUUCACAUGGUGGUACUGCAAGAACACCGGCAUAAUUCCAACGAUCAACGCGCUUGGCGCUACGUACUUUCUGCGGAAGAAUCUGUUGACGCUCAGAGGGUCGAAAUGCAGCGUAACGAGACCGUACUCUACGGAAUGCUCUCAUAGCGUGAUCUUAUGUCUUUUCGCCGCAGCUGCAUGUUUUCAGUAGCCUUAAUUUUUUAUUAUUAUUAUGCCAAUGUAUAAAGCUUAUGUUAAUGUAUGCCGCUAGUUUGUAUAUUGAUAUAAAACAUAUUGUUAAUAAUGUGUUUUUUUUUUAUUUUUCUUUCCUGCUUCAUGUGUAGGCACUUUGCUGUUGGCGCCCGAUAAGAACAUCACCAUUGUUUGUGGCAAGUGAGCAGCGCCACUCGACAUGCGUCAGUACUGUGAAACAAGCCACACAUGUUGCAGCGCCUACUAGAGUCAGCAGUACAAAAACUUUUUCUACAAACUUGCCGUCUUUCCAUCAAGUCACCUAUGUCGUUCGCUACGUACAGCAGUACAGACGGAUCAUGCACGUUGUAGCCACAGCCGUUGAAAAGAUUUGACUGCUGCCGUAGAUCGUGCGAGACCACUGAACGUUCUCCGCAGUUCAAGAUGUCAGACUGUUCGUGGAACGUGCUGGCUGGCGGAGGAUUAUCAUAAUAAUCGUGGCUUCAGAAAGUCACCGUUCAGUUGAAAAUGUUCACUAAGCUAUCCUCCAUAGCACAUGACUCUGCGGAACUACUAAGACGUGUGGCACUGGCCGCAGUGAUUGGUCAGGCCAUGGCUUGACGUUAUCAACACACAAUGACGAAUACUUAUGCUUCUUUGCGCUCGCUCCUGCUAUCAAGCUUCGCAAUCGGCGUAACUCUCCGUUCUCUUUCUGGUGGCUUAUGGGAUUCAAGCAUCAUUCUCUGGCGAUCUGCUAUGGAUGCAAGGACUAUUGAUAGGAAAAACGCACGUCAUUGUGAACAUGCUGCCGAGCGUGUUCGUCGGAUGGUACAGCACAAUGGUUAUACUGAAUGCGACAUGAUUGGAUACCAAAGCUCCAACAUCUUUGCAUGAUACAGUUUUCUUCCCUGGGUAUGAAAAUGUCAUCCUAGCCUUCUCUCGAGGUGCUUCUCUUUGAAGUUGUAGACCGUACGCUCUUGAGCCAUUGACAGUAGUUUAUACACUUUUGUUAAUAU